CUCCUCCUUAGGUUCCUGCUACUAAUUACCACCCUCUGCUCUCGCGCUUUUUCGGCCAUUUCCUCUCUCAGUCUCUCUCUCAAAAAUCUCGACCCUAAAACACCCAAAUUUGAGGUUAAGAAACCCUAAUUCUCUCUGCCAUUCUCCCACUCUAUCUCGAUUUCGAUCGCAAUAUCGAUCUUCAUUAGGUUUUAAUCGGUGAGGAGGGGAAGGAGGAGGAGGAGGAGGAGGGGACUAGCGAUGUCUCUCCAGCCGACGAUGCGGACGGAGGUCCGGAAGAAGGCCUACAAGACGGGGGUCGACGCUGAGGAGGCGCGGCGGAGGCGGGAGGACAACCUCGUCGAGAUCCGGAAGAGCAAGCGGGAGGACAACCUCCUCAAGAAGCGCCGCGAGGCCCUCCUCCAGCCUGCAGCCGCCGCCGCCGUCGCUGCCCAGAUCGAUCACCCUGCCGGGAUCGAGAAGAAGUUGGAAAACCUUCCUGAAAUGGUGCAAGGAGUAUGGUCCAAUGAUCCUGCUAUGCAGUUGGAAGCAACUACCCAGUUCAGGAAACUUCUUUCAAUUGAAAGGAGUCCACCUAUUGAAGAGGUCAUCAAGACAGGGGUUGUUCCCAGGUUUGUGGAAUUUCUCUCAAGACAUGAUAUGCCACAAUUACAGUUUGAGGCAGCAUGGGCAUUGACUAAUGUGGCUUCUGGGACUUCAGAGCAUACCCAUGUUGUCAUUGAUCAUGGUGCUGUUCCAAAGUUUGUGCAACUUUUGAGCUCUCCUAAUGAUGAUGUUCGAGAGCAGGCUGUAUGGGCCCUGGGUAAUGUUGCCGGUGACUCACCAAGUUGUAGGGACUUUGUUCUUGGUCAUGGUGCUCUCCUACCAUUACUGGCUCAGUUAAAUGAAAAUGCAAAAAUAUCGAUGCUGAGGAAUGCUACAUGGUCCCUAUCCAACUUUUGCCGUGGGAAGCCUCCAGCACCAUUUGAUCAGACAAAGGUUGCACUCCCUGUUCUUCGGCACCUUAUUCACUCAACAGAUGAAGAAGUCCUAACAGAUGCUUGUUGGGCACUAUCUUAUCUUUCUGAUGGAACUAAUGACAAAAUUCAAGCUGUGAUAGAGACUGGUGUCUGCCCAAGGCUCAUUCAGCUUCUGCUUCAUCCAUCUCCUACAGUUCUUAUACCUGCUCUUAGGACAGUGGGAAAUAUUGUCACUGGAGAUGAUGCUCAGACUCAGGUUGUAAUUGACAACCAAGCACUUCGUUGUCUUUUUCAACUUCUCACACAAAAUCAUAAAAAAAGCAUCAAGAAAGAGGCAUGCUGGACCAUUUCAAACAUCACUGCUGGGAAUAGAGCUCAGAUCCAGGCUGUUAUUGAUGCAAACAUCAUUAAUCCUCUAGUACAGCUGCUGCAACAUGCAGAAUUUGACAUUAAGAAAGAGGCAGCAUGGGCUAUAUCAAACACUACAUCAGGGGGUUCCAAUGAGCAGAUCCACUUUUUGGUGAGCCAAGGGUGCAUUAAGCCACUAUGUGAUCUUCUGGUAUGCCCUGACCCAAGAAUUGUGACUGUGUGCCUCGAGGGCCUUGAGAACAUUCUGAAGGUGGGUGAGGCUGAGAAAGACUUGGGUAGAACUGGAGGAAUAAACCCUUACGCACAGAUGAUCGAUGGAUGCGAGGGGCUAGAUAAGAUCGAGAAUCUGCAGGGCCAUGACAACAAUGAGAUCUAUGAGAAGACCAUAAAGAUCUUAGAGAGGUUCUGGGUUGAGGAAGAUGAUGAAGGACAGGUCGUGCAGGGAUCUGCCGAGGGCACAGCAUUUGAAUUCAGAGCUAACCAGUCCUCUGUUCCUUCUGGUGGCUUCAAAUUUGGUUGAAAUAUGCUGGUACAAUUCUAGGCUUUCUUUUUGUUUUUCCUUGUUUUCUUGUCUUUAUUUUUUUGUAUGAAAUCUGGGGUGUAUAAAAUCACCCAAUAGAAGGGUCAGGGUUUUUGGUCUGACCCAUAAACAGCUUUAGUAGCAGAGUUCAUGAAUGCUGUUUGCUAUUGUAAACAUCAGACUGAUGUUUCUGUUUAGUUUUCUUGGAGAAGUGCAAAUUAGUAUAAUUGGAUCAUUAUUUUGCUGUUAUAAAAGCUUACUAAGUGUUAUCAGUUA